AUGCCAAGUUCUACUUACCUUUGCCUGUUGAGGGUUUUCCUGGUGUGUUUUGUUAACCAUUUAAUCCAAGGACUAAGCGCAGAUGCAAACCAGUGCCAGAGCCCUCGUCAUCGACUGGAAUCAAAUCUAACUGGACUUCCGAUAGUCACUUUCGAAUGGCAUCAUGUGCAGACCCCAUAUCUGGUAGUCGUGUGGGUAUUUGUGGCUGGCUUGGCAAAACUAUCAGUGGUUGAAAUAAACCACCAUGUCACCAGUGUGGUCCCAGAGAGUGGAAUGCUCAUCAUCCUGGGAUUUCUCUUAGGAGGCAUCGUCUGGGGAGCAGACAAAUCGCAGACUUUCAGACUGCAGCCUCCCACUUUCUUCUACUACUUGUUGCCCCAGAUCAUCUUGGAUGCAAGUUACUUUAUGCCCAACAAGCUAUUUUUCAGCAACCUGGGAGCCAUUCUUAUUUAUGCCAUCAUCGGAACUUGCUGGAAUGCAGCUGCCUUGGGCCUCUCGCUAUGGGGCUGCUAUGAGGCUGGAGCAAUGGGUGACCUGGACAUUGGCCUUCUGCAAUUCCUAUUGUUUGGCAGUCUAAUCGCUGCAGUGGACCCAGUGGCGGUGAUUGCCGUUUUUGAGGAAGUGCAUGUAAACGAGGUGCUCUUUAUCCUGGUUUUUGGAGAGUCGUUGCUUAAUGAUGGAGUCACAGUAGUGCUUUACAAUGUAUUUGAUGCCUUCGUUUCUCUUGGAGGUCCAAGGAUUGAUGCUGCAGAGAUUUUCAAGGGCAUAUUUUCAUUUUUUGUGGUGGCAUUUGGAGGCUCAUUUCUUGGCGUUGUAUUUGCCAUCCUGCUGUCCCUGCUGACCAGAUGCACCAAGAACAUUCAAAUCAUCGAAGCUGGCUUUGUCUUUGUGGUGGGGUACCUGUCUUACCUGACAGCAGACAUGCUCUCCCUUUCUGCAAUACUUUCAAUCACCUUCUGCGGUAUAUGCUGCCAGAAAUAUGUGAACGCCAACAUGGAUGAGAAAUCAGUUACAACAGUUCGUCAUGCCAUAAAAGUGCUCGCGAACGGCUCCGAGACAAUGAUCUUUUUAUUCCUGGGCAUUACAGCAAUCGAUAACGUUAUCUGGGUGUGGAACACUGGCUUCAUCCUCCUCACCCUCCUCUUUGUGUUUAUUUACAGGAUCAUAGGUGUUUUCUUCCUUACCUGGACCUUAAACAAGUUUAGACUGGUUCCCAUUGAAGUCAUAGACCAGGUUGUGAUGAGCUAUGGUGGCCUGCGAGGAGCAGUGGCAUAUGGAUUGGCAGCCAUGCUAGAUGAGGGCAAGAUAAAAGAGAAGAAUCUCAUGAUUAGUACCACGCUCAUUGUGGUGUAUUUCACUGUCAUACUUCAGGGAAUCACGAUGAAGCCAUUGGUUCAGUGGCUUAAGGUCAAAAGGGCAGCUCAUUCGGACUUGAAACUUGUUGAAAAACUGAACAACAGGGCAUUUGAUCACAUACUUGCAGCGGUGGAGGACAUUUGUGGACGUAUAGGAGACAACUGGUGGACCAGAAAUUGGAACAGGUUUGAAGAAAAGUAUAUCAGCUGGUUAUUGAUGAAACCUAAGGCCAGAAAAAGUAAAGACUAUCUCUUUAAUAUCUUUCACAAACUAAAUCUCGAGGACGCCAUGAACUACGUCUCUGAGGGUGAGCGGCAAGGUUCUCUGGCCUUCAUUCGUAGUGAUGAAGCUGCCAACAUAGAUUUCAAAAAGCAGUUUGGUUCGGAAUUUACAGAUGUCAUGCCUGAUAUAAUGGUCGAUAUGUCAAAUUACGAGUAUGGGAUUGAAAAUAUUUCAGUUACCUCCAUUGUAAAAGACAGUGUUCCAUCAGUAUCCCUGGACAUCCAUGGGCAAGACAUGAAAAAUUUGGUUGAUGACUUCAAUGCCCAUCAUCUUUUACAGCAGCACUUAUACAGGAGCAGAAAGCAUCAUCGUCACAAAUACAGUCGCAGUCACUUUAGCAUCAACCAGAGUGAGGAUGAAGUGCAGGAGAUCUUCCAAAGGACAAUGAGGAGCCGCCUUGAGUCCUUCAAAUCUGCUAAAAUGGGUGUCAACCCUGCCAAAAAACUUACUAAGCACCACAAGAAGGAGCAAACACAUAAGAUGUCUAAUGAACACCCAGAUGACACAGGAUAUCCAAAUGGAGAUGAAGUUGACAAUGUGUUUGUUGGUAGUGAGACCAGUGCCAUGAGUGGUCAUUUCACACGAGACACAUAUAUAGCGGGAGCUGGCAUAGAGAAUCCAGCAUUCAUGCCAGAUAUGGGCGCUCCCACGCAAAGCCCACCCUGGCUUAUGGAGAUCGAGAUGGACACGUCUGUUGCACCCUCGCAGAGAGCCCAGCGACGCCUGCCCUGGACACCCACCAGACUACGGCGUCUUGCACCGAUGAGGAUCAGCAACUGUUCGACAGACUCCUUCCUUAUGGCUGAUGUGUCUUUAGCUCUGGAUGUGCAUGAGGAACAGCCUCAAAGAGACAAUGCAGAAAUAUGACGAGUCCAUGACUAGAUACUUCAGGAUGAUAAUGCUGCAUGACAAAAUGCACAUAUUAAACUGGUUCCAAAGACAUAGCAGUGCCUUUACAGUCCCCAGAUUCCAGUCCAUAACAAAAUAUAAAAAAUGAGGUGGAACUGGAGAUUUGCUGCAUGAAAUCCUGCAAAAUCUGCCAGACGCCAAUUAAUUUACAUGGACCAACAUUCCAAAGGAAUGUUUCUGGCACCUUUUGAAUCCAUUUGGACAAUCCUGUAAGCAACAAAAGGUAGCUAACAGUACCUACUGAAUGUUUUAAAACAGCAAUACAAAAGCAUGUACUGUGCAAGUGAUGCACCUGUCGUUUUCCACUUCUGUAUGUUUUGUCAAAUUUAAAAAAAAUGGUCUUUCCUGCCCUUCAACAUACUUGACUGUAUAAAAAGGAAGGAGUUCAGUAAAUAUUUACACUACCAGUCAGAAGUUUUGAAACACUUAUUCUGUAUUAUAAUUUUUUUUCUUCACAUUUUAGAAUAAUAGUAAAGUCAUCAAAACUAUGGAAUAACAUAAAUGGAACUAUGGGAAUUAUGUUGUGACUAAAUAAAAUCAAAAAUAAUUCAAAACUGUGUUAUAUUUUAGCAUCUUCAAAGCAGUCACCCUUUGCCUAGAAUUUGCAGAAAUGUACUCGACAUUUUCUCAACCAGCUUCUUGAGGUAUCACCCUGAGGUGCUUUUUAAACAGUAUUGAAGGAGUUUCCAUCUAUGUUGGGCACUUAUUGGCUGCUUUUCUUUAUUAUUUGGUCCAAGUCAUCAAUUUCAAAAAUGUUAUAAUGUAAUAUUUUUAUUAUUAUUAAAUUUUAGUUAUGUAAUGAAAUGAAUAUGGUGGCACAAUUAUAUUUUUGUCUACAAAACUAAUUUCAAACAGUUAAGCAUACGCCUUCAGAUCAAAAGAUUUUUAAGAUCAUGAGAAACAUUUCAGUCAAGUGUUUCAAAACUUUUGACCGGUAGUGUAUAUACUGAGUUGUGACAGUUUUUUAGUUUGCAUGUACUGCAAGUGUGCUGUGAAUUGUUUAAAAUAUUUUUGAGCAUGGAAAAGUCAGUCAAAACAUUUUAAAUCUAGUGUUUCCUAGUAUUCAAAUAAUGUUUUUGAUCUCUGUCCAUAUAAUAGUGGUUUCUCUGGGUAUUAUAGCAUUAUCCAAUUUCCAUCUUGGGAUUAAUAAAGCACCUAUCAAUCUUUCUACUUAUGUAAUCUACAGUGGUGGCCAAAAAUAUUGGCACCUUUGGUAAAUAUGAGCAAAGAAAAUAUCUGCAUUGUUUAUCCUUUUGAUCUUUCAUAAAAAUAAAAAUAAAUCAGAAAAAUCUAAUUGAAGUAAAACAAUUGAAACAGGGGAAAUAUCUAAUUAUUAAAUGAAUAUUUUUCUCCAAAACGCAUAGACCCAAAUCAUUUCUGCAGUUCUCCAGCUGUGAUCCUUGGAGAUUCUUUGGCCACUUGAACCAUCCUCCACACUGUGCAUGGAAACUAUAUAGACACACGUCCUUUUCCAGGACGAUUCUCAAGAUCUCCAGUUGAUUGGAACAUUGCCCUGAUGGUGGAAAUGGGUAUUUUCAAUGCUUUGGCUAUUUUCUUAUAGCCACUUCCCAUUUUGUGAAGCUCAACAACCUUUUGCUGCACAUCAGAACUAUAUUUUUUUAGUCUAACCCACUGUGAUUGAUGACUAAGAGAAUUUGGCCUGUGUGUUACCUCAUUUAUACCCCUGUGAAACAGGCAGUCAUGGCUGAACAAUUUCAUGUUCCUAGUCACCCACGUGUACUAAAAAGUUUAAAAUAUGAAUGGGAAUAUACUUCAGAUAUAUUUUACACAUAAGAAUUCCUAGGGGUGCCAAUAAUUGUGGCCAACGUGUUUUGGAGAAAAAUAUUUAAUAAUGAGAUAUUUCCCCUCUUUUAAUUGUUUUACUUCAAUUAAAGAUUAGAUUUUUCUGAUUUUAAUGAAAGAUCAAAAUGAUAAACAAUGCAGAUUUGUUUGUCCCAGCCUUCUUUGCUAAUAUUUACCAAGGGUGCUAGUAUUUUUGGCCACCACUGUAUCUAGUUUUGCCAUACACCCUACACUUUUCUGCAUCUGUACAAUGAUUACAAUGCUACAUUUAUGUACAUCAACAAAAGGGUGUUCUUCUCGAUCCUUGUUAACAAAGGAUAUUAUAUAGUAAUUUACAAUAAUGUGAGCAGUAAAUUAUUUCCCAAAGUCACCCCUCACUAUAAACACAAAAAACAUAUGUAUUUUCAAUAUUUAUUCAUAUGCAUAAUAUUUUUCCAAGACAAACAGUUUAAAAGACAUGUAUCCAUAAAAGUUUGCAUACAUAUAUUUUUAAUUAAAACAUUGACAAUUAAAUAGAACAACCAAAUAAAAAGACCCAAUGAAAGACCACAGUUAGAAGGGUUGAAAUAAAAUAAAAGGGACAGUUCCAUUUCUGAAACAGGACAGUUGUAUUAUCAGUUAAUUAACAUUGUUAUUUCAGCACAAGGUAACUAAACCAUUAUGCCAAAGCUGUGAACGUCUGUUGCAUCACAAUGGACAGACUGUUAACUUCUGAGAAUUCUAUGAAGUUCCUUCAAGUUAAGAAGAAGCUUGCAUAGUAUGAUAAAUCUGGACACUGAUACUCCUGAUCAUAUUCAUUGCAGACAAGUGACAUUUGAUAAAUUGCUAAUAAUGUGCUGUAUUUAAUCACAUAUAAAGAUGUCAUAAUUUAGUAAUCUAUGCCAAUGAUCAGUGGUUACUUUGAGAUCAAGCAGUUAAUUUUUGUGACAUUGCAGAUACAUCCAAAAUAAAUUAACCACAUUAAUAAAGUAACCGAUGGAUCAGGUGAGUUCGUUCCUGGCUAGAACUAAACCAGUUUAAAGGUGUCCAGAACUGGAAUUCAGGCAAAGUACUGUAUUAAUGAUGCUACCAAUUAAGUUAUUGCUUUUUCAUCACAUACAGAAAACACAUAUUUGACACUGAAUGUUGGAAAUGGUUUGGAGACAAAAAAAAAAAAAAAAACAAACAAAAAAAAAAAACAA